AUGAGUAUCAUGACUCUGGAUCGGUGGUGGGCUAUAUCCCUGACGAUGUAUCUUCCGUUCACGGUUCGGCACUUGGUGGUGUUGGCCUUCCAUCUGGGUAUCCCCCCUAUGUUCCAGAAUUUCGGCGAGUCUUGGCCUGCGAUCUCUGGCGGUCGUCGAGCAAAUGGUGCCCGACCCAAGGGCGCACCUAGUGUGGCUGGCGAGUCAGUCGCUGCUACUGAGUCUGAUGUCACCUGCAGUGUCACUGACGGACGGAGCGUUGACCAGGGCGGUGUCAGUCUCACUGGUCUGAGCAUUAACGACAUGAGCAAGCAGCCCAGUCUCAGCCAGUCUGACCGAUUGAAGCGCUACGUCGAGUCUGGCGGACGCGAGCCUUACAGGGCUGGAGUUCCGGACAACGGCAGCAUAUUUGGAGGCAGCUCCGCCAGCAUCCGCGUGACUCGCGGCGUGCCGGGCCAGAACCCUCACGAUGAUGACGAUGCCCGUAGCGUCUCUACCGCUUUUGCUAGCCAAGUCGGUGGCAACUAUGACUGA